UUGUUAAAUAUCGAUAUUACAGGACCUUAUGGGUAUGAAGUUUCGGUCACGACUGAGCCGGCAGGUCUAGAGUUAGCCGUCAAAAGAGGUGGCAUCAGGCACGUCAUUGUUUGCGGACAUUCCGAUUGCAAAGCCAUCAAUACGCUUUAUCGACUUCACAAAUGUCCCAGUGAUUUUGAUCCAAACUCACCUAUGGAUCACUGGCUUCGGAGGCAUGGAUAUACAUCCUUGCAAAAAUUGGAAAAACGUCUCAGUGACAAAAGUGCUGGGCCUUUGAAAUUUAUUUCGGACAAUCCAGCUUUUAGGUGGGUUUGGUCGAAACUUUUUGGACUAUUUAAGAUGAGUGAUUGCAGUUUUGAAGCGAUCAUUGAUGAAGAGGAUAAAUGGAAUGCGGAAGACAAAUUAUCGCAAAUCAACGUGCUGCAGCAGUUGGAGAACUGCGCUACUCACGGCUUUCUAAAGGAAUUCCUCGAUAAAAAGGAGGUUGAUUUGCACGCCAUGUGGUUUGACAUCUUUGCUGGUGAGAUGUACCUCUUUAGUAAGCCACGCCGCAAAUUCAUAGUUGUGAACGAGGAGACUGUGGAUGAACUGGAGAAGGAAGUGAACAAACACAAGGCUUGA